CCAUUUUACACAAUUUGUAAUAUGAUAAAGUUGUGACUGUUUAAUAGCUAACUAGCUAGUUAGCUAUAAAGUAGCUUACAACAAAUAUAAAAGGCCGAAGAACAACGGAUCAGUGAUCAACCACAAUAGUCUAUUCAGCUAACUAUGCUUCCAUCCUCGGCCCUUUUUUAGCUAGCUACUAGUUUUAAAAUUUAACAUGCCCAGAGAUAAACCAAGUCCACAAAAUGAUGACAGAAGCUGAAAAGUAUUUUUUAGUUAAGACCUACACUGAAACCUAAUAGCAUUAUAGUCGACAAACAAUGGUAGAAAAGAAGCUAAUCGCUAGCUAGCUAGCUAGCUAAUAACCUUUUGAUGACAUGCGUGAAGCUACUGUGUCAAUGGUACGCUAUAAAACCAAAAUUAUAAGCGGGAGCAUUCCACUUCCAGAUAUGUUUUCUGCGUAUCUCCAGGCAGGGAGCUAGGUAGAAAAUACAAGACCGAUAACCGGACUUACCAAAGUCUCAGGAACAAAUCUUCUGUAAUGUGUUCUGUUUUAAGUCGUGCUAGAAGAUGGGCGUUUGCAUUUCACGUACUGACCAGGCAGCAGCAUACAGCCUGGGAAUCAGAUCAUCAUGGCAGGUUAUAUACAGGCCAUAUUCAAACCAGCCCUGUUCAAAAAGCUCUCCUGGCAGUGGGAUCGGGAAUAGCUGCUCUGCAGAAUCCAUACAGACAUGACAUGGUGGCUGUGCUAGGGGAGACCACAGGCCACUUGGCCCUGGUCAAAUUAAGGAACAGAAUGAGGAACAAUCCUGAAGGCUACACAAUUCUCAUAGAACGCCCAAGGAUUCAGCUCUCCACACUGGACCUUUCCUGGAUGUCGGCACUGCCGGAUGGCUCUUUAGGGAGAGAAUAUCUCUGUUUCCUAGAAAAAAAUAAAGUCACUCCUGACACACGUGCUAAUGUAAAGUUUGUUGAUGAUGAGGAACUAGCAUAUGUGAUGCAGCGGUAUAGAGAGGUACAUGAUCUACUACAUACCUUGCUAGGUAUGCCUACCAACAUGCUUGGGGAGGUAGCUGUUAAGAUGUUCGAGGCUGCCCAGACAGGUCUGCCUAUGUGCAUUCUGGGAGCUAUCCUAGGUCCACUCCGUCUGUCCACCAGUCGUCUUCAGAAGUUGACAACAUCUCUUGGGCCGUGGGCUCUGCACAGUGGCAUCCACUCCCGUUGUGUGCUGAGCGUUUUCUACGAACGGCGCUGGGAACAGAACCUGGAGGACCUCAGAGAGGAGCUGAACAUUGAACCACCUCCUUUCACCCUACCUGCAAACAGCAAGAGACCAUCCUAAGUGUUCUAGCAUGCUCUAUUCCCUUUUUUAUUAAUAGGUCAACUAACCACAUCUUGCCUUUAAAGGAAUAGACUCAGCUAGUUAACAUUUUCUCAGUUUUCCACUUUCCACAAAUCAGCCAACAAGGUGUGCUUGUUUCUUUUAUUUGUAGGUAUUUUAAUUUUUUCCUGGAGCUAAUGUAGCUAGAAAGGACUAGAAGCCUUUUCACAUAAAACCUUUCACAAAAAAUGCCCAAAUCUUUAUUUGCUUCAAAAAGUAUUAUGUAAUCUUAUUUUUAAGUAAACCAUUUUUUAAAAUAGCAUAGAUAGUCCAUAUUUACAUAUUUAAGUUAAAGAUCUAAUCAUGUUAUCCACAUAAAUUAAAUGUGAUUCCAGUUCACCCAGGUGACUGCCUUUUAACCUUAUAGCAGCCAGCUAUACGGUGUAGUCCUUUAUAGAUUAAUGUAAGUCAUUCAGUUUCCUAAACCACAUCAUCAAGUCUGCAUGAAAUUGCUUAUGUACUGAGUGGUAUGAGGCAAAUAUUUAUGGAGGGUAUUUUGAGUAAAAUGGCUCCCAAUGCUCCCAGGAUAGAUUAGCAGUAAAGUUCUGAUACAGAACUUAUAAAGGAAAUGUCAGUCACCAAAAUGUCUUUACCAUUUAAUUUAAUUUUACAUUUAAUUUUGGGUAAGAUUGAAAUUGUGUGCUUUUUUACAGAAAUAUUGAAUUAAGAAGAGUAUCAUAGCACAUCAUUUUUAAGAAGACCGGCCAUUGUAUCACACAGCUGUGUUAGAUGUCCUGGGUGAAUGUGAUACCUGGUCAUGUAUGUGAACAUGGCAGAUUUGCCAAGGUCGUCGGUAUGAAUAAAUAAAUAUGAAUGUUGUAUAUGAA